UCUCUCGGUACGGAUGGGUCUUAAUCGGGUCGGAUCCCGGCAUUUAAAACUCCUCCCCGAAAACCCUAGGGUUUUUGGGGACCAUAUCUAAAGAGCUCUUAGGACAUCGCCGCCUCCUCCCAUCAUCCUCGCGUUCUCGCCCAGGCUAUUUCCUUGUUGUAUAAACCACUGUGCAACCAAAUUCACCAACAAGAUGCAGAACGAAGAGGGCAAGAUGAUGGAUCUCUACAUCCCAAGAAAAUGUUCGGCAACAAAUAGGCUUAUCACUGCAAAAGACCAUGCAUCAGUCCAGAUUAACAUUGGGCAUUUAGAUGAGAAUGGGGUUUACAAUGGCCAGUUUACCACUUUUGCACUCAGCGGCUUCAUCCGUGCUCAGGGAGAUGCUGACAGUGCUCUGGAUAGACUCUGGCAGAAGAAGAAGGCUGAAAUCCGGCAGCAAUAGACAUUAAUAAUUUUGGUCAUGGUAGUUUAGUGAUAUUUCCUUUGUCCUGGAACGGAUUUGGCUUUAUUAGUUGCUCUUUAGUUUGUCUACUGCCAUACGGUGAGCUCUAAAUUUCGUCUGUAUGUCAGUGACACCUGCAACUAUCGAUUGCUGCUGAUCGAUCUUUUUAAACCCUUGCAACUAUCAAUACCUUUUGAUGUCGUAAUUGGUGCUGUGAUUAUUGUCAUUUUAGCUCAUUAGCCUCGUAUGUGGGGAAUAUUGACCUAAUUUCACAGAUCUUGGUAUCACAUUUUCAGAAACA